CACACACAUGCGGGGAGAGGGAGAGUAACACACGAAUGCACACGAGAUAUGAUCCGCUUCUAGACUAUGGCACCGUCGGGCUCGCGUAGUAUCAAGAAGGGCUGUCAGAGAGUUUUGUACUGGAUCCCGGUCCUCUUCAUCGCCCUCAUAGUGGCGUGGUCAUACUACGCCUAUGUGUUGCAGCUUUGCAUAGAGUCUAUCAAAGACACAGGAGAAAAGGUUAUAUACCUGCUGGUGUACCAUGUCAUCUUCAUCAUGUUUGUGUGGGCGUACUGGCAAACCAUCUUCACCAGGCCCAUGAACCCCCUGAAGGAGUUUCACCUGUCCUACUCUGACAAAGAGCUGCUGGAGCGUGAAGAUCGAGGGGAGUCUCAGCAGGAGAUCCUGAGGAGGAUAGCCAAGGAUCUGCCCAUCUACACCCGCACCAACUCUGGAGCAAUCCGUUUCUGUGACCGCUGCCAGCUGCUGAAGCCUGAUCGAUGUCACCAUUGUUCAGUCUGUGAUAAAUGCAUCCUGAAGAUGGAUCACCACUGCCCAUGGGUGAACAACUGCGUGGGAUUCUCCAACUACAAGUUUUUCAUGCUGUUCUUGUUGUAUUCGCUACUCUACUGCCUUUUUAUAACUGCUACAGAUCUUCAGUACUUCAUUAAGUUUUGGUUGGCUGGAGGUAGAGCACAUUUCCGUCUGAGGGAAUACCUGAACGGCCUCCCAGACACUCAGGCCAAGUUCCACAUCCUGUUCCUCUUCUUCUCUGCCUCCAUGUUCUCAGUCAGCCUGGCUUCACUUUUCAUCUAUCACUGCUGGCUCGUCUGCAAGAACAGGUCCACUCUCGAGGCUGUGCGUGCUCCAGUGUUUCGCCACGGCACCGAUAAGAACGGCUUCAGUCUGGGCUUCAGUAAGAACUUCCGCCAGGUGUUUGGUGAUGAAGCUAAAUACUGGCCUGUUCCCGUUUUCUCCAGUUCAGGUGACGGCUGCUCGUUUCCAACAUGUCUGGUGAAUCUGGACCCGGAGCAGCCGUCAUCACCCACAGGCUCCAACCCUGCCACCAAGGGUGCAGCGGAGGGCCGCCAGUUCCCCUCCAAGCCGCUGAGGGAGUCCCAGAGCCGACUGCUCACUAGCACCCCCUCCUGGACAGAGAGUGAUACUGCAGCUGACAAAGACAGGAAGGGUGCCAGUAACCCGGGGAUGACCAUAGAAAAUGAGGCGUAACCUGAGUUACAGAUAGAGGUGACACCCAGAAAAAGUCCGUGCCGCCCCCUCCUCAGUGUUUGUGCCUAUCAGAACGUGACGUGGUGAUGACAUCAUCAGUAAUAGUUGUUUUCCAUCCUGCACCUUGAGAGGUUUUACAUGACUGAUAUCCCGCAGCAGAGAAAAACAGAUUAUCAUCAGUAUUACUCUUUCUGCUGCUGUCAGAAAGUAUUUGGACUUCAGAUUAAAACAAAUUAAAAUUGCAUUCCAACAAUCAUGUUUUUUUUUGUAUAUAAAUAAGCACAGAGCAGCAAUGGAAGAUGUUUGUUUUUGCACUUUGUAUACUAGAAGAUCAAUCCGAGCUGCUUUUAAAUUAAACCUUUCAUGUAUUUCAUGUAAUUACCUACAAGUUUGUUUUAUGUUGUUUCCGUAGCUUAGCACAUAAGUAAACGCUGUUAUAAGUUUGCCAAAUGUUUGCACAUUAAGUAGUGGUGUUAAUGUGAUGUAACUGAUAUUCCUUUAUUCAUUUUUGUUUUCAGUGAAGGUUUUUUUUUGUUUUUGGAGGGCGGGGGUGGGGUGGGGGGGUUUCCACCCAACAUGUUGAGUGUCGUGGAAGUUGAAUUGAUGCAUGCUCUCAUCUCAGGAUGUCAACUCAAACACCUUGAUGUAGUGAACUGUAACACGAGAUGUUCUCCCCUUUGCUUGGAAAAAAACAAUGUAGUUGUUAGUAAUUACAUAUGAAUAAGGGCUCUUCUGUGGAAGCCCAUUUCUGCCACUGUGAUGAAAAACGAUCCUGUGAGUUAUUAUAAUGAAACUUUUGACAUAUUUAUCUCGAAAUGGAAAAGUGUCUUAAGAUAUUGACUUAGUAUCUCAAAGUAUUGAUUUUUAUCGCAAAAUAUUGACUUAAUAUCUUGAAAUAUUGACUUUUAUCUAAUAAUAUGGACUAAGUAUCUAAAAAUAAUGACAUAAUAUCUCGAAAUAUUGAUUUUAAUCUCAAAAUUUUGACUUAGACUUAGUAUUUCAAAGUAAUGACUUAGUAUUUCAAAAAUAAUGACUUAUCUGGAAAUAUUGAUUUUUUUAUCUAAAAACGAAUUACUUAAUAUCUCAAAAUAUUGACUUUUAUCUAAAAAGAAUGACUUAGUAUCUAAAAAUAAUGACUUCAUAUCUCAAAAUAUUGACUUCAUAUCUCGAAAUAUUGACCUUUAUCUAAAAAAUAAUGACAGUAUUUAAAAAACAAUGACUAAAUAUCUUGAAAUAUUAAUUUUAAUCUCAAAACAAUGACUUAGUAUCUCAAAAUAUUGACAUAUCUCAAAAAUAAUGAUUUAGUAUGUCAAAAUGUUUUUUUUGGAAUAUCUCAAAAUAUUGACAUAGUAUCUAAAAAACAAUGACUUAGUAAUUGGAAAUAAUGAGUGUCACAACAAAAUACUGAAAUAUGAAAAUACUCAUCUCGAAACAAUAAUCAUUAUAUCGGAACAUAAGGAGAAACUUUCUUGAAUUAUGACUUGCCUUACAAUCAUGACUUCUUAUCUCCAAAUCCACAAAUCGAUAUUUUGAGAUUAGACAAUACUUUGAGAAAGUUUCUCAUGACAAAGGCUCACAGGAUCUUUUUUUUUCUUCAUCACAAGGCUACAUUUCCAUCCUUUUUUUCCCUUUUUCUGGCAGAAACGGGCUCCCAUACUUUUCUGACUCGUUAUCGCAUGAGUGAGGAUGUUGCUGUCACAGUGAAACACCUGAAGCUGGUGCUGCUCUGUGCUGUGACAGCGUGUCCCCCUGCCAAAUAUCUUAACUGCUGUCUGGUAGCCCACAGUACACGUCAAACUGCCGGCCAAAAAGCUUCCCGACUGUCUCAAAGCCUCUGUGUAAUGCUGCAGAUCUGUUCCCCAUCACGAAGCAGAUACUGCAUACAGUACUGAUACUGUGUUUUUCUAACUCACAACUCCAUGUUGUGGAUGUACUGCAGAGCAAAAACAGAGAGAACAGCUCCAGCUGCUUUGUACAGUAUAUUUUCAUCUCGGGCUGGAAAAUGAUUAAACCAUCACUGAAAAUUAAUUGGUAGAAUGUAUGCUUGUUUAAAAAAAAAAAAAAAAGCUUCAUUGUGACAGUCAGUGUCAAUCUAUAUUUUUCUAUUCUUCUGUCUGUAUGACUCAAGAGACAAUAUGGAUGUGUGAGGCGAUGUACUGUACAGUUGUGAUGCCUUAUGAGAAUAAAACGAGCUCGUCUUCAG